UUGACAUUCAGUUUAUCGAGUCUGUUCGAAGUGAAAUAACAAAACUUUCAAAGCGUAUUUAAUCUUUCGGAUAAUAAACAUACGUACAAUGCCUAUAAUCAACACUCCCGACAAAUUGGAAUAUAAAUUUUUUCCUGUCUCCCAUGGCGUUUUCACUUUUAAAAUUCGAGCACCCAAUGAUGCUCAUUUGGCCUUGACCUCCCAACCCAAAGAAAGGCUACCAAUGUAUGAGGUCUUCAUUGGUGGCUGGGCCAAUACAAAGUCUGUUAUACGUCGUAAUCGUCAGCAACCCGAUGUUGUACAAGUGGCUACACCUAAAAUUUUGAGCUCCAGUGAGUAUCGUGGUUUCUGGAUUCGUUGGCAAGAACAGACUAUUACAGUAGGACGUGCAGGAGAAUCAAUGGCUUUUAUGACCUACAAGGAUCCACAACUGUUUUCCAUCAACUAUGUAGGUUUAAGUACGGGAUGGGGUGCAUCGGGUACUUGGUCAUUUGAAGAUGCUACCUCGCCAGCAGCAACAAUAAACCACAGUUCGUCAUUGGGUUAUAAUCCUAUGGCCAUGUCAUACGCACCUCAGUUGGAAUCCUUCAGGUGUGCUACAACAGCUGCCAAAGGAUAUCCAACUCAACAAUUAAAUCAUAGCCAUACAACAGCAAUGGAUAUGGGUAAACCAUUUCAACAACCAAUUCAUGCUACUGCUCCUACGAUGGAUGUGGGAUAUCCAUCGCAACCUGUUUGCCCUAGCGGUGCCCCUGCAGGAUAUCCAAAUCAACCAGCACCUCAUGCCACCGUUACAACAACAGUGAAUAUGGGAAAUCCAUAUCAACAAGCACAUGCUAUGCCUACUCCUCCUAAAGCCACGAGUUAUGCAUAUCAACCAGUUAGUAGCGGUGCCACCAUGGGAUAUCCAUCUCAACAAGCACAUCACAUACCUACUUCCACAAUGGCCACGAGUUAUACACAUCAACCAGUUCCCCCUAGAGUUCCUUCGAUUUAUCCCUCCCUAACUCCCCAAGAAUCUUGGGUGCCAGCCACAAGUGGUACAAUUCCACCAAAUGCGGUUUCGGGGGGACGAGAUGGCCACGAACAGCUUUAUAUAGCUCGUGCACGCCAUGCUGCCGAUCUGAUUCCAGGAAAAUUGCAUCCCUCUCACGGAUGUUGUUAUGUCGCCUUUGGUGGCGAAGAACACAGUCACCGGCAGUAUGAAGUGUUGUGUAAUUCGUAUGGAAGGUGGAUACCUUUUAAUGGCAGAUUACCUCCAAACGCCCUUCUGGGGGGUAAUACAGCCAAUGGGGAACCUUUAUACAUUAGUCGAGUUCAUCAUGAUGGCGCUAUUACAAUUGGAAAAUAUCAUCCAUCACAUGGUAAUUGCUAUAUACCCUAUGGUGGUAAGGAAAUAGCCUUCAGGGACUUUGAAAUAUAUGUUUCUCAUUACUACAGUCCCGCCUCGCUGUCGAACUCUACCGCCGUCGUGGCCUUUUUCGGAACUACCACCACACUGGUCAGCUCCCAUCGUUGUCCCAUGACUGCCGUGUACUCAUCGGGGGACUCGCCAGAGGAAACUCCAGGAUCUCUUUUAAGUAUGGUCCAUCGCUAUCCGGGCUACAACAGUGCUGCCGAGGGAGACCGACCCAAUAGAAGCGGCAAAAAUCCUUUAGCCCCCGCAGUGACCACCCUUCAACGCGUUUUGUUUCGAGAGAUAGGCGGCAGUUUUGUGAACGCUUCAAUUUUUAAAAAAAAAAAUCUAUAUUCAAAUAUGCCUACCAUCAAUACCGCCGAUAAAUUGCAAUACCAGUUUUUCCCCGCUACCAAUGGGAUUUUCUCAUUUAAAAUUCGGGCUCCCAAUGAUGCUCAUUUGGCACUGACCUCUCAACCUACGGAAAAUCUACCAAUGUAUGAAGUCUUUAUUGGAGGUUGGGGCAACACAAAAUCAGUAAUUCGACGCAAUCGUCAGCAACCCGAAGUUGCGGAAGCGCAGACACCCAAAAUAUUGAAUGCCAAUGAAUAUCGUGGCUUUUGGAUUCGCUGGUAUGACCAAACCAUUACUGUGGGUCGUGAAGGAGAAUCCACGGCUUUUAUGUCGUUUAGAGAUCCCCAAUUAUUUCCCAUCAGCUAUGUGGGUCUAUGUACGGGGUGGGGAGCCACAGGUUCAUGGAUUUUCGAGGAAUGUGCUCCCUCAGCUCCUAGCAUGACUGCCUAUUCGGCUCCUCAAAUGAGCUACAAUUCUCCUCCUGGCUUUAAUCCCGCAGCCAUGGGCUAUGCACCUCAACCAGUGCAACCCACGGUGGCAGCCACUGUGGCCUACCCUACUCUGAAUCAGGGGCAAGGCAACUGGGUACCAGCUGCUAAUGGAGUUAUUCCUCCUAAUGCUGUUUCCGGAGGUAUGGAUGGUAAUGAUCAGCUAUAUGUGGCCCGUGCCCGUCACGGCUCUGAUUUGGUACCCGGCAAAUUACAUCCCACCCAUGGCUGUUGUUAUGUGCCCUAUGGUGGCGAAGAACAUCCCCAUAAGGAGUACGAGGUUUUGUGUAACUCCUAUGGCAAUUGGGUACCCUAUAAUGGCAAUAUUCCUCAAAAUGCUGUACCUGGAGGUAGUGCUGGUAACGGUGAACCUUUGUACAUAGGACGUGUCCACCAUAAUGGUACCAUUACUGUUGGGAAAUUCCAUCCAUCCCAUGGCAAUUGCUUUAUUCCUUAUGCUGGCAAGGAAAUGGCCUUUAAGGAUUUCGAAAUUUAUGUAUCCCAGUAAUGGCGAGGGUUAUUUGGCGGUAACCUUCCUUAAACUUUCCCAGUUUUAUUCUUGUAAUAUUUGAAAGUAUUUUUUUUUUUUCUUACCAUAACUAAAAAAGAAUUUUGUAUUUAAACGAAAAUGUUAUUCCAAUAAUUUGUAAA